CACCCCAAUAGCGAGGACCCCAGUAGUUAGGAUUAGAUGUAACUAAAGUUAAGGAUUUAGUUUGGUACCCCUCAAUCGAAUGAAUUAUUGGUUGGUAUUUUGAUACGUAGAUGAGGAUGGGGAGGUUUGUGGAUGAGGAUGGAGAAGUUUGAAGUAAUAUAAAUGAGUGCUCUUGGAUGAUUCAAGGCAGUGCAGAUCGAAAAUAUUCCUCAUUCCUUUUACUAUCUUUUUCCUUUCUCGAAGUUCUGCGGCAGCUCAUCCUCGACUCUUCCACUUCAGCUAUAUAUACAUAUGGCAUUCCUGGUUGCCAUGUGCAGUGCAGUGGCGGUGGUCGUACUGGUGGUUCUCUGGGUUUACAGAUGGAGGAACCCGAGAUGCAGCAUCGGAAAGCUGCCGCCUGGCUCCAUGGGUUUGCCUCUGCUUGGCGAGACCAUGCAGUUCUUCUCGCCGAACACCACUUUCGAUGUCUCUCCCUUCAUCAAGGACAGGAUAAAGAGGUACGGGCCAGUGUUCAGAACCAGCUUGAUCGGCCUGCCUGUGGUUGUGUCCACCGACCCGGAGCUCAACCGCUUCGUCUUCCAACAAGAGGGGAGGCUGUUCGAGAGCUGGUACCCUGAGACCUUCACCGAGAUCUUUGGCCGCAGCAACGUGGGGUCCUUGCAUGGAUUCAUGUACAAGUACCUCAAGAGCUUGGUUCUCAAGCUCUUCGGCCCCGAGUCCCUCAAAGACCUGCUGCUUCGUGAUGUGGAGACGGCAGCAUGCGCCAAUCUCUCCUCGUGGUCGCGUCUGUCGAGCAUCGAGCUGAAAGAAGCCACGUCAAAUAUGAUAUUUGAUCUCACUGCCAAGAAAUUGAUUAGCUAUGAAUCUUCGUCUUCAUCUGAGAGUUUGAGGAAAAAUUUUGUGGCCUUCAUACGAGGACUGAUCUCAUAUCCGGUGGAUCUCCCGGGAACAGCUUAUUACCAGUGUAUGCAGGGAAGGAAGAACGUGAUGAAAGUGCUGAAAAAUAUGCUUAAAGAAAGGCGGAAUUCUCCAAGGAAACAACAUGGAGAUUUCUUCGACUCUCUCAUUGAAGAGCUGAACAAAGAAAGAUCAUUGAUAACGGAGACCAUUGCUCUGGAUUUGAUGUUCGUGCUGCUCUUCGCGAGCUUCGAGACCACAUCUCUGGCCCUCACGCUGGCCAUAAAGUUUCUCACGGACCACCCAAAUGUACUGGAGAAAUUGACGGAAGAGCAUGACACAAUAAUAAAGAACCGGGAGGACCCAUUGUCAGGAGUGACAUGGAUGGAGUACAGAUCAAUGACAUUCACAUUUCAGGUUAUCACUGAAACAGCGAGGUUGGCAAAUAUAGUGCCAGGGAUCUUCAGAAAAGCACUGAAGGACAUCCAGAUUAAUGGAUACACAAUUCCUUCAGGAUGGCGAGUCAUGGUGUGUCCUCCAGCAGUGCACCUGAACCCUGAGAUAUACAAGGAUCCACUCACCUUCGACCCAUGGAGAUGGAAGGAGAGGCCAGAACUGAAUGGUGGGUCCAAGCAUUUCAUGGCUUUUGGCGGGGGAAUGAGAUUCUGUGUGGGCACUGAAUUCACCAAGCUGCAAAUGGCCAUCUUCCUCCAUUGCUUGGUGACCAAAUACAGGGAUAAUUCUACAAUAAAAGAUAAAAUCCAGAUGCCAAUGAAGCUAGCUAGAUUCAAACUGCACAAUACUGUAUCAAUCUGUCUUCCUGAGCUCGAGGUUGAUGAUGAGGUGGUCCACGGCACACUGUAAAACGAGUGUGGUCAUAACACGCAAAGGAUGGAGCUCUGAGCCAACCUGUCCAUCUUCCUCGACGAGACAUACAUGCGUCUUUGUGUUCUCGUGGGUCCUCCUGAAACUAUUUGUCUCAGCUUCCGCCACCAUCUUCUUCCUCAAGAAAUGGACUCACUCGGAAACAGCCAUAACCUCUCCUGUGAUGGAUUAGAAGUCAAACCCUAACUCUCCUGUAGCGUACUGCAUGCAAUAAUGUUGAUGUGCAGAGUUUUCUGACUGUGUUGUGAAGCAUUUUCCAUAUGCCCAUAUGCUGACUAGUACUUCCAUUGAAGAAGUGUCUCUAACCCUAAAACAUGCUCUUCUUCUACGCAGUGACGCAGAUCCAACUGUGUUUGAUGCCUUCUCUGUCACAGAG